CAUUCUCCACUUUUAUUUUGGCAGAUCUUACCGGAAGUCUUUAGUAUUAAUUAUGACGGAUAUACAGGUUAGCUAGCAAUAGCUCUAACCUCCAUCUGUGUAUGUGGUUCAAGCGGUGGUUGGUAGUGAUGGAGCCGGUAUAGGUGUUUGUGGAGACUGAGAAAUGAUCUUCUCGACCGAUUGAACUAAGAAGAAACAUUGACUGCAGAUGGAGAAUGGAGACCUGGGUCACAUGAUGGGAGAGCCAGUUACUCUGAACGUGGGCGGCUGUGUGUAUAGCACAUCCCUGUCUACGCUACAGCGCUACCCAGACUCCAUGCUGGGAGCCAUGUUCAGAGGUGACCUCCCCACUGUCAGGGAUGCGCACGGGAACUACUUCAUUGACCGUGACGGCCCACUGUUUCGCUACAUCCUCAACUUCCUGCGGACGUCAGAGCUCACAUUGCCAUGUGACUUCAAGGAGACGGAGCUGCUCAGGAAGGAGGCUGACUUCUAUCAGAUUGAGCCCCUUAUCCAGUGCCUGGGAGACCCCAAGCCGCAGCUGCCCUACCCCAGAGACAGCUACGAAGAGGUGGUUGAGCUGUCCAGCACCAGGAAGCUCUCCAAGUACUCCAAUCCUGUUGCAGUCAUCAUCACCCAGCUCACCAUCACCACCAAGGUCCAUGCAAUGCUGGAGUCAAUCUCCUGCAGUUUCACAAAAUGGAACAAACACAUGAUGGACACCAGAGAUUACCAGGUGUCCUUCACCUUCGGGCCAUGUGACCACCAACAGGAGGUCAGCCUCCGUGUCCACCUCCUCGACUUCAUCUCCAAAUCUGGGUUUACGAUACGCAACACGCGUGUUCAUCACAUGAGUGAACGGGCUAAUGAGAACACAGUGGAGCAUCAUUGGACAUUCUGCCGCCGAGCUCGCAAAGUCGAUGAGUGAUGGAUGAAACAAAGGAUUGAUUUACAUUACAGAUAUGUAAUGUGUCAUCAGACACCGACAGAAACUUUUUUGUUUGUUGUUUUGUGAAAACAUUGUAUGUUUUGUGUUUUUGACUUAAUCCACUCAAAGUUAAAGCACAAAGUGAGGUCACUGACAUCAUGAGGACUUCAAUAAAUAGUACUACUGCUUUAAAACAAACACCCAAUGGACAAACGUUUACAGACAGACUUCAAGCAUGUGGAAUCUGUUGGUGUUUGACCCUCCAGCACCUUUUGAGAUGAGCUGGAUCUAUGACUGUCUACUUAUCACGUCACUUUCUCGGUGUUGGACUUCAGUAAUCUGGAGUAAACCAGAAGAUUGAAAAUGAUUAUAGUAGCAGAUUAAUAUUCA